AUGCCGCCGCCGUCCUUCUCGAGCGCGUCGGGCCUGAGCGCGCUGAAUGUGUCGCGCGGCACGCUCGCGCUCGUCAAGGAUGUAUCUCAGAGCAUACAUAGUGCGAUCGUGAAGGGCGGCGUGCCGGCACUCGACGCGGCGCGCAAUAGCAUCGCGGCGCUGCUCCAGGACACCAGUCUCGAUGCCCCCCCCGCCGAUAGCGACCUGCUAGCAAGCGCCGGGGCAUACACCAGCAAGCCGAGCAAUGCCGUGCGCUCGGCAAUUGCAGAAAAGAUCAACGCGGACAUGAUUGAGGCGUUUGAGAGCAUCAAGGCGACGCCGGCUGUGCUGGACACGGUCGUCGCGCUGCUGGGCCUCUGUGCGCCGAUCUUUGACGCAGCGAUCAUGGAGGGGUGGUGGGAGCGUGCGCUGUAUCCCGCGCUGUGCUCAACUGCGCUCACGCCCCAGCACGCCGAAGAUGUGCGCAUCCUCAUCGUCUAUACCAUGAUGGUGAGUCAUCCAGAGAGCGGAAAAAGCAUUGCCCAGCGUGUGCUGGAUCUGUACGUGGACGCCGCAAGCUCGCAGCAGGAACUCGUGCCGCUCCCGGAAGAUUUUCAGGCGGAGCUUGGCGAGACGGAGGACGCGGAGGACGCGCCGCUUGAGGCGCCUGUGCGCGAGACGCGCGCGGAAAUCGAGUGGCGGCGCACGCUCGAGAUGGUCAUUGCGUUGUACAGCACGCAGCGGCCGACCGCGUUCUUCGAGGUGCUUGCUUCGACACUCGGCAACGUGCAGUCCGAAGGGCCUGUCCUCUACCUCUUGGCGAGCUUUUUGCACGCCCAGUCGAUGCACGCCUACUGCAUUGCGUCGACGCCGCUGAUGAACCGCGUCCUCGAGACACUCCUGCAUACCUUCUCGACGCGCUCCAUGUCGUUCGGCACCAAAUGCCUUGUCAUGGUGCUGCCCCACAUUCCGCAGUACGUCGCCAAAGGCGGCGGCGGUGGCGUCCCGGCGCUCUUUGCGAUUUACGGGCGCGCCGUAACCUGGCGGCGGGGUACCAGCGCAGAUGGCCUGCCAUCGUGCGUAACGCUGCUCUUUACGCUGCUCUACGGCCUUUUUCCGUGCAACCUGCUGGCCUUUUUGCGCGACGCAAAGGGCUACCUUGCCGAGCAUGCCAAGGUCGUCUUUGACGUGGCCGCGAUGCGCGAGCGGUCUGUGACGAUGCUGCGUGGCCACGCGGUGCACCCUUUGCUCGCCGAGGCCGACGCCACGACCGAACUGACGAAUUCCAAGCGCUGGGCGCAGCACGACGCGUCGGACCUCACCGCGUCGUGCAUGUCGCUCUGCAUCACCCCCAAAGACGACAUCGCGAGCGCAGACGCUUUGCUCGACGACCACAUCCCGGCGAGCGACGUCCUGCUGCGCACUGAGCACAAAUUUGAGCUCUAUCUCAAAGAACAGCUCCUUUUGCACAUUGGGCGCCUGCACCGCGACCGUAUCACCGAUGCUGCGAGCGAGGCCGAGCACCAGAGCUUGUACCAUACUGUGCGCACGUUGCGUGCGCAGCUCCUCACCGCCCAAGGUCGCGCCGAGCGCCAGCGCCUCGAGUCGCAGGCCGCCAACAACCGCCACGUGCAGUGGGAGCGCGAGCUAAACACCAAGCUCAACACCUACCGCGAGGAGCGGCGCUCAUGGGGCGUCGAGACGAAGCAGCUGCAAAAGCAGCUGGCGGACUCGCAGGCGAUGGUCGCGACGCAGGCGGCGCAGAUCACCGAGAUGGGCUCGCGCCUCUUUCAGCAGGACGAGGACCUGGCGCUUGCGCGACCCAAGCUCGAGCGUCUGCAAGAGUAUGGAGAAAACGUGCGCAAGCUGAGCAACUGCUUGUCGGACUGGGAAGACGAUCUCGACAAGUACGAGCUGCAAAGCCGCGAGAUGGACAAGCUGCUCUCGUGGUGGGAAGAGAUGGAACUCACCGUGUCGAACAGCGAGGCGAAUGCGAAUCGCUACCGCGUGCUGCUAGAACAGCGGACCUCGGAAAAUACACGCCUCAAGAGCGAGGUCGGGGCGCUACGUGCCGAGACGCAGCGGAAUGCACAGCGCCUCGCGGCGAACCAGACAUGGCUCCUCGAGGCGGUCGUCGCCCCCGCCAAAGACCGUGCGCAAGACACGCCGAUUGCCACGCCGAAGCAGCGCACGCCCAACACGCUCGAGGAGCUCGACACGUUGCGUGGCCGCAACCGCCACCUGGAGCUCGAGACGAUGAACCUGCGUGCGCGCAUUGAGCAGCUCGAGACCGAGGCGCUGAUGCGCGAUCGCAGCGCGCCCGUGCCCGGCCCCACGCCUGUGCCCGUGCCCGAGGCGGCGGGCGCGACGCUCUUUUCGCCCGACACGCUGCGUACCCCCCGUGAUGCGGGCGUCGAGGACGAGAGUGUGCCGCCGCUGGAGCUGGGCUCGCCGGCGCAUGGCCCUGUACAUCUACAAUGA